AUGCCUCCAAAGCGCAAGUCAGUUUCCGCGACGGUUCUGGAGCCGGACUUGUUGUUACGUUCGGGUGCUUCUCGUGACAUAACGUUACGUAAAAUUCGCAAUUUAGACGCGUUAGCGUGGGAGGCGCUAACGGAGGUUGAGAAGCAACCGUUGUUCUUCGCGCACUACGUAUCGCUCGAUAAAUAUAUUUGUCAAUUCGAAGAACAGCAACAACAAGUAUUGAACGUCAUGUUAGACGCGGCUCUACGCGACAAUUUCAAUAAUUUAGAUUUGCUAACUACGGACGAAGUCGAGGAACUUGUCGGCAGCAUUCGGAUGAAUGCGGAAAAAAUACAACCGACGUCGAUUGCAACCAAUCGUAUUUCGCAUCAAGAUAGUGAAACUCGUACGGGUACCACCAUAGCAUUACUAAAAAUUGAGCUACCAAAAUUUGACGGGAACGUAGUCCAAUGGUGCUCUUUUCGCGAUUUAUUCUGCUCGUUGGUACACAACAAUCAAUUAAUUUCGGAUAUUGAGCGUUUUCAUUUUUUAAAAUCUUCAUUAUCGGGUCCGGCCUUGGCGGUCAUCAAGUCGAUUCCGUUAACAGCAUGCAAUUAUAAAAUCGCUUGGAACGCGUUACAGAAUUCGUACGAAAACAACCGAUUAUUGGCGACGGCGCACGUUUACCGGUUGUUCGCAUUUUCUUCAAUUAAAAAGGAGUCUACCGUGGCACUCGCUGCCUUUGUUAACACAUUCCGUGAAAACGUUGCCGCUAUCAAGGCAUUAGGUGUCGACGAUAUCUCUGGGUUUUUGUUAUUUUAUAUCGGCGCUUUGGUGCUCGAUUGCGAAACCAGAAGAUUAUAUGAAGCUAGUAUUUCACAUACGCAAUUACUAACUUUGGACCACCUAUUAGACUUUGUGUCUCAGCGAUGUAAAAUACUAGAAAACAUAGGGACUGCGACGGAUAAUGUAGAACACAAUGUUAAAAGCGCAACUAAAAAGGGCAAGGGUAGCGUGCCCGUGAAGCACUCUUUAGCUGCGACGUCAAAUAAUACGAUUAAGUGUGGGUUUUGUGAGCAUGACCACCCGCUUUAUCGUUGUUUCACAUUCAAACAAAAAUCGGUCACGGCUAGGCAGAAGUUCGUCAGCAACAACGGCAUAUGCUUAAUUUGCUUAAAAUCGGGUCAUCCAACCAAAUCUUGCACAUCCACGUUCAAGUGCCGAAGUUGUGGAGGCAAACAUAGCACGUUAUUGCAUUUGGAAAAUACGAAGCCAACUUCGGCGGGUGAGGCCGAGGGUUCAACGGAGGAAAGCAAGACGUCUGUUACCGACAAUACAGCUAAGUUCUCGGGUACUGCGCGGACGGAGACUACGGUGAUUUUAGGCACAGCCAUUGUGCGCGUGCGCAACAGCUCAAGAGAGCUACAAACUGUGCGAGUCUUGUUGGAUAGCGGUUCUCAGAUUUCUGCGAUCACGUUAGAAUGUGUCACGCGACUCGGAUUAAAACGUAUCAAAAGCAGAAUGGAAGUAACAGGACUUUCUCAACAGCCAGUGACGAAAGUGAAAGGUGUCACUAAAUGUCAUUUUAUGCCACUUCAUGCAGAAGGUCCACAGUUCUGCGCUUCGAAUGUUGUUAUCCUCACACAUAUCACAACACAGUUACCCAGUGAUAAAUUACCUACGGUGGUACGUGACCGAUAUCAGCGCUUAGUUUUGGCCGAUUCGGAGUUUGAUGUACCUGGGUCGAUCGAUAUGCAAAUAGAAAGCGACUUGUACCCACAUGUGAUACAAUCUAAGGCGGAUAUUAUUCACAGUACGGGUCUGCCGUCCGCCAUGAGCACUCAUCUCGGAUGGAUUGUGGUUGGAGCAUUGGAUGAAUCACCAACAUCGCCUAUGGUUUCGCUUUCGGUAAGAUCGACGCCGGAAAUAGAAGGAUUAUUACAAAAAUUUUGGACUAUAGAAGAACCCGACAUUCCGGAUACCCUGACAACAGAGGACGAACAAUGUGAGGUGUGGUUCCAAAAGUCAACAACCAGAGAUGUCUCAGGGCGUUUUGUGGUAUCACUGCCGUUUCAGUCGAUUGUACGUGCUCUAUCAGAACCGUUAACAAAUCAGAUGGCUAGGUUAGGUAUUAUAAGAUAA